AUGAGUCCUUCAAAUGACAACUAUGCCAUUCAUAAAGUUGCUCUGAAACGCACUCGUCAAGCUUGCGGUCCCUGUCGACGGAAGAAGGCACGAUGCCCAGGCGAGAAGCCAGCAUGUUCGCUAUGCCAGAGGUUAGGCCAGCGCUGCGUGUACGGGCCGCAGGCGGCUUCGGCCCGGAUCAGACACACCCGAAUGUCUUCAAGUUUGAGCCAAGAUCGUGUCCAGGGUGAGAUGGAUGAGACCCCGGAGAUUUCGAACUCACAGCGAUUCCAACGAAUUGAAGAUCGGCUGGAGAAAAUGGCCUGCAUUCUCCAGGAAAGUUUGCCUAAGGUCAAUCCGCUGGCCGAUGUCCCAAGUAGGACUAUACAGCCACGCAGAAACUCCGAACACCGUCACUCUUGUAGCACUCAGGAGAGUCGCGGCACAUUUGGUGUCCAAGGACAUCAUGAGGAGGACUCGCUCUGGUCUUCGUUUCCUGCGGAUUUUCUUCAAUCCCAAGUGGAGAUUUACCUCACUUACUUCCAUGACCAGCCAUAUUGUGUCUUUCCCAGAGACUGGUUACUGAAUCAUGCGGGCUCAUUGCCACCAGAAAUUGCAUUUCCGCUGGUAGCACUCACGUCGCGUGUUCCCCACCGCUCGCAUGAAGCCUUUGGAGACAAUGCCCGUGCCACCAAGUAUUGUGCGCAAAAAGCAUGGGCCGUUCUAUCCGGGCAAUAUAAAGACUGUCGAGUCGGGCUUUCAUUUCUCCAGGGGGCUUUUUUGAUGGCCCAGGUGAAUUUUGCCGACGGCCAAGCGCAUCGCGCAUAUGCAUCUGUUGCCCUGGGCAUUCGAACUCUCCAGUCCGCGGGUCUGAACAAAGAUAAGUAUGCAUCAUCGGUGCCCAGCUCUGAAAUAGAAAAGCGGAGGCGUAUAGCGUGGGCCUUUUUCAUGCUUGACCGCACCUACAAUGCCUCUCGCAAUUACUCGCUCUGUCUGGCGGAUAAACACUUCACGCUCUCAUUCCCCUCUGCAGGCACCGAAGGGCCACAUCAAGAGAAUGAUCCAUUGUUCCACGGAACGCUGCGCGAUGGGCCAGAAAAGAAAGGGCAGAAUGUCGACCAUGGCAUCCUGGCCUGUCUCCUGCGACUGUAUUCGCUGUGGGGCAAAGCCACCGAGUACGUGUUCGAGCCAUUUGAUGAGAAUGAUUUACCGCCGUGGCAAACCGGGUCGGCGCUGGCGAUUCUAGAGUCCGAGUGGUUGCAGUUUGAGACUCGGUUUGCGGACACACAUCGUUAUAUCAACGUCGACUUCAAACGACGCGCUCGUGAAGAACCCGAGUCUCGCGCAUACCUCUCCACUUGGAUGUGUGUCCAGUUCCUCUUCCAUUCUAUCCAGUGUCUUCUGCAUCAUCCCUUUGUUAUCAUGAUCAAGCUUCGCCAGAUGAAUGGGAAUCUGUCGGCGACCUUUCUUCAAAAGUCGUUUGAGAACUCUUUGCUGCACUCGAGAUGGAUUGCGCGCUUCAUUCGAGAAAUGUCCGAGGUUGACUUUGGACUGUAUGAUCCUUUCCUAGGGUAUCUUGCCGCAAUCGCGGCCACAAUUCAACUGGAGCAUACGGGAAGCAAAAACCCGCAGAUUGCUCUGUUGGUGAACAGAGAGUUCCAGACUCUGGUAGACUUCAUCACCGAAUUAUCCGUGCAUUGGGAGAACAUGAGGGGUCUGGUCAAUAAACUGAACGAGCUUGCUUCCCGGCAUCAGAAUUAUGGGUCUCUGUACUACAACCAGGACGGAUACUCUGGUGCUCUUUCGAGUAUGCCCACUUCAUCGAAUAUCCCGAGGAUGUCUGCCGAGGAUGAGGCUCUCACGUGGGAUAUUCUCGACAUGGGCUCGUCGACUUCCCAGCUUGGGGAUUUGAUCCCUAAUCACGACCAAGAGAUAGGAACAGGUAGUCCGCGAUUCUCGGAUCACUCGCUUGCCCCGAUCUCGCAGGGACCAAUCCCUCAUGACAUCUCGCCUCUUCAUGGGAGUGUGCAAGAGCCGAUCUCUCAUGAUUCGAUAUCAGUGUGGCCAUUUUCGAACGGCAAUGGUUGUGAUGCGCUUGGAGCAGCGAUGCCCGAUAUUCCAGACUGGCUGAUGUUGGAAGAUUACAUGGCGGAGCAUUUAUAA